AUGCGACGAAUAUUACAUAUUGAUCUUGGACUUAAAGCAUAUAAAACACGUAAAUUACAUGGAUUAUCAGGAAAGCAGAUAACGGCUAGGCUCGAAAGAUGCAAAGUAUUGUUGGCCCGGCACGAUGCUGAUGAUGUUCAAAAAAUUGUUUUCUCUGAUGAGAAGAUGUUUGUAGCGGAACAGAAAUAUAAUGCUCAAAAUGAUCGAAUUUAUGCCUUAUCGAUCGAAGAUAUUCCUGAAAAUGUAAGAACUGUUCAACGGUUCCAGAAGUCAAGUUCCAUCAUGAUUUGGGGUGCCAUAUUCUACAGCGGCAAGAUUUCAUUAAAAUUCGUCGAAAAAGGUGUUAAAAUCAAUGCCAAGCAUUACCGAGAUGAAAUUUUGGAAUCUACAUUAAAGCCCAACAUUAGUACGUUAUAUCCAGACGAUCAAUGGAUUUUCCAGCAAGACUCAGCGCCUGAUCAUAGGGCGAAGUCGAUGCAACAGUGGCUAGCCAGAAAUUGUCCAAAUGUUAUCAGUUCCAAAGAAUGGCCACCAUCAUCACCAGAUCUUAACCCGUUGGACUUUUCAUUAUGA